AUGCCUCGACGGGACAAUUUUACAAAUCAUAAAAAUGAUAGUGAAGAUUCAUUAAUAGAAGCAUUUGAAACAACUUUAACAAUAAAACCAACUAACACAGAAUAUGAAGAUAAUGAUAUAUCUAUAGAUCAUACAGUAUUACCAAAUAAUUCAAUACUUAAUUAUACAAGAAUAUCAACUGAUCAAACUAGUAUAAUAGAUAUAAAUGAAUUAGAAGAAAAUGAAUUACAAUCAGAACAAAUCCCCAAAUUUAAAACUAAAAGAAGGUAUAGUUUAUUACCUACAAGAACAACUUUUAAAAAAAUAGGAUCACCAGGAUUUGAAGAACAUCAAAGUAUAGAUUCAAAAUUUGAAGAAAUUUUAAAACCAAAUAUAUUAAUAGAUGAAAAACUAGUCAAAUAUAAUAAUUCAUUUAGUGAUUUUAUUGCAUCAAAUCCUCAUAUAAAUAAAGAAAGUCCUCGUUUUGUCAAUGAUUCACAAAAGACACUAGUAAUAUUAAGUCCAUAUAGUUCUGAACAUGCUUUUGGUCGUAAAUGGGUAACUAAAUCUUAUUUAUCAACUAUAUUUGAAAGACCACAACGAUUAUUAGCUAGUUGUAUUGGUAUUGCAUCUGCUAUAACAAUGUAUCCUUUUUAUUAUAAAUUAAUUAAUUCAACAAAGAAAAGUUCAAUAUUUUCAUCACAUGUUCGUAAAAUUCAUGGUAAAAAUUGGCCAAAAAAAUUAUUUGAAUUAUGUUUAGAAAGUUAUGAUAAAUUAAAUAAUGAUGAAAUAGAAGUACCUGAAGAUUGGAAUACUGGUGAUAUAUAUUUAACUCCAAAAACCAUAAAUGCAAUAGAAGGAGUUAUAGGAACUAUAGAAACAGCAGUUGAUUGUUUAUAUAAACCACCUUCUAAUAAUUCAUCAUCAGCUGCACAAAUUAAUGGGACAACUCCAACAAAAAAUCAUGAUCUAGCAUUUGUAGUAAUACGACCUCCUGGUCAUCAUAGUCAUGCAUGUUUACCAAGUGGAUUUUGUUUAUUAAAUAAUGUACAAAUUGGAAUUGAAUAUGCAUUUGAAACUUAUGGAGUUACUCAUUGUGCUAUAUUAGAUAUUGAUUUACAUCAUGGUGAUGGAACACAAGAUAUAUGUUGGGAAAGAGGUGGAUUCACUGGUGAUUAUGGUCAACAAGAAGAAGAUGAAAUAAUUGACCCAAAUUUAAAUCCAAGAGAUGAUUAUGGUAAAAGAUUCGCAACUUAUCCAAAAGUUGGAUAUUUUUCAUUACAUGAUAUAAAAUCUUAUCCAACAGAAUUAGGUUAUGCAACAAAAGAAAAUAUUAAAAAUGCAUCAACUUGUAUAAUGGAUCAUGAUUUAAAUAUUUGGAAUAUUCAUUUACAAAAUUGGAAUAAUGAAGAAGAAUUUUAUAAACAUUAUCAAACUAAAUAUGUUGCUAUAUUAAAUAGAGCAAAUCAAUUUUUAAAUAAUUCCAAAAAACAAUAUGAAGAAGAAUUUGAAGAAUAUUUACAUCAAUUAAAUCAAUAUAAUAAAAGACAAUCACCAAGUAGUAGUAAUUCCAAAAAUUCAAUUAUUGAAAAACCAACCCCACCACCACCUUAUAAACCCCUUAUAAUAAUAAGUGCAGGAUUUGAUGCAUCAGAAUAUGAAAAUCCUCAAAUGCAAAGACAUGGAAUAAAUGUACCAACAUCAUUUUAUUCAACUUUUACAAAAGAUGUAGUUAAAUUAGCUAAAAUUCAUACAAUGGGAAAAGUUAUAUCAUUUUUAGAAGGUGGUUAUUCAGAUGCUGCAUUAUCAACAGGUAUUUUCUCACAUCUUAUAGGAUUAAAUAAUGAUGAUAAUAUAUUAUGGAAUCAUUCAUGGGGUUCAGAACAAGUUGUUAAAGAAUUAAUAAAAGGUUGUAAAAAAAAUUGGAUACCUUAUAAAAAUCCUAAAUCAGAUAUAACAAUAUGGGCAAAUGAAGUUAUUAAAUUAGGUAGAUCAAUGAUGCCAAAUGCUAUAUUACCAAAAAAUUAUAUUUAUAGAGAUCAAACUAAAGAUAAAUUAAAUUUAAAUAAAGUUUUAAAUAAUGAUAAUAAUAAUAAUAGUAAAGAAAAUUUAACAAAACAAGAUUCAAAUAAACCUAUUAACAAAAUGGUUAAAGAAAUUAUGGAUAGUGUUGGUGGAAUUGGAAUUAUUGAAAGUCCAAUAAAGAAAGAAAAUGAAAAUAUUAAUAAUAAUUCUAAUGAUAAAAUUACAAGACAUACAAGAUCUUAUUAUAAAAAAGUUUAA